CAUACUCAAGCGUCAAGUAGAAAGAAAUGGACUGCCCCAUAAAAAGCAAAAAACAGAGUGCCUGUCAUAAAACACUCGCUUUUGCCUCCCUCAACUUUCCUCUUUCUCCCUCUCUCUCUCUCUUUACUCUAGGGAUUGCUGAGUACCAAAACCACGAAACUCCCAAUCUCAACUCCACAACAUGGAUUGAUAAGUGUUUUCAGCGAAUUCACUCGAUUCUCUGAGCAGUUUCAACUCUAUCGAUCAGGGUGUCAGUAUUUCUCUUACACAGUUCUUGCGGUCUUAGCUCAGAAACUUGGCAAAUUAUUGCUUUCUGCAAUGGAAGAUACUAGAUCAGUGGCCACACUCAUAGACUCUACAACCUCUAAGAUCCAAGAGCUUCAGAAAGCAUUUGCUGAACUUGAAAGCCACCGUGCCAUAACACUUAAUCUGAAAUGGAAAGAACUUGAGGAACAUUUCCAUGGGCUGGAGAAGUCCUUGAAGAGACGAUUUCAUGAAUUGGAAGAUCAAGAAAAGGAGUAUGAAAGCAAAACAAGGAAAGCCCGGGAAAUGUUAGAAAACCGGGAAGCAGCUGUUGUAGCCAAGGAACAAGCUUCUUUGGAGAGGCUUCAAGAGAAGAGAGAUGCUGCUGUUUCUGUCAUUACCAGUGCCUUAGAGAAGCAGGGGAAGGUAUCAUCUCUGGAGCCUGAUGUUGUUACCUCUAACGGUGACAAUGGGACCCCGACUGCUGAAGAGGAUGCUCUUGAUUCUGUCACUGUUGAAUGUACUGUGGAAUAUAUUAAAACCUCCCCCGAGGAUGAAAAUUUGGAAGUGAGAUCUUAUCCCCAGUUAGUGAAACUGUGCAUAGAGAUGGACUCAGAUGGACUGCACAAAUUUAUAUCAGAGAACCGUAAGAACCUGGCUGCCUUAAAAGAAGAAAUCCCAUUUGCUUUAAAGGCUGCAGCCAGUCCAGCCGGCAUAGUAUUGGACUCUCUUGAAGGGUUUUACCACAUGGAACUGCCAAAUGUUGAUGGAAAGAAAGAUGCGAACCUUUUGGGGCUCCGCCGAACCUGUAUAAUGCUGAUGGAGUGCCUGAGCAUUUUAUUAAUGAGUCUGGAUCGGGCUUCUGUUGUCGCUGUAAUCUCAGAAGAAAUUAAGCGGAGGGCAAAGGCAAUUGCUGAGGAAUGGAAGCCUAAGUUGGAAGCUCUAGACAUGGAAGCUAGCAAUGGGAACUCUUUGGAGGCUCAUGCAUUUUUGCAACUCCUGGACACAUUCCAAAUUGCUUCUGAUUUUGACGAGGAACAACUUUCCAGGUUAAUUCCAAUGGUCUCUCGUCGUCGGCAAACAGCUGAUUUGUGUCGCUCUCUUGGGCUGUCAGAAAAAAUGCCAGGUGUAAUUGAAGUUCUUGUAAAUGGUGGAAGGCAAAUUGAUGCAGUUAACCUAGCUUUUGCAUUUGAGCUCACAGAGCAAUUCUCACCUGUGCCUUUACUUAAAUCUUACUUAAAGGAGGCAAGGAGAGCUUCUUCACAAGGAAAGCCUGGAAAUGCCUCUCCCACUGCCCAGAAUGAUGUCAGCGAAAGGGAGCUGACUGCCCUCAAGGCUGUGAUUAAGUGCAUUGAAGAGCAUAAUCUUGAGGAGCAGUAUCCCGUUGACCCCCUUCAGAAAAAGGUUCUCCAGCUAGAGAAAGCCAAGGCAGAUAAGAAAAGGGCAACAGAAGCUGCUAAGCCUCAACCCAAGAGACCUCGUGCAAAUGGUGCAGGAUAUGGGCCUCGUGUUACUAAUGUUGUUGCUGACAAGACAUUCUAUCCUAGAGUCACUGAUAGCCAUAGGUACCCACAGUACGUUUAUGACAGACCUUUUGUUUACCCUGGACCUGCGGACAACCAUGGCCCCUCCCUUUUGGGGUCGGCUACUUACAGUUUCACUCCCAGUCAUGGCAACUACUUUGGAAAUGGCUACCAGUACCAGGCCCCUUAUCUUCACUAAUUAGGCAAGACGGCAGACAGGUGACUAUGAUGUUCUCAUUUUAACUGUUAGCCUUAACCCUCCUGGAUGUUUCAGUGUAUGAAAUGAAUUUAGUAUUUUGAAAAAAAAAAAAAGACUCAGAAAAAAAAUUGCCUUGUUAAUUUUAAUCUGUUGUACGAGAAGACCUUUUGAUCCUCUAAUAUAUGCACUCUGUUUUAGUAUGUAUAUGCUAAA